CGUAAACAUAACUUCUCUAAUCUUUUUCCAACCAUGCAAAAUCCAAAAAAAUUAAAUUUUUAAUAACAAAUUAGAAUUAAACCAUAUGUGUUAAUCAGAAUGGAAUUAAAAGCUAUUCUAUUCAUUGGAUCAGCAUUCGCUGCGUCUAUUUUACUAUUCGUUUGCAUUCUUCUUAUAGCUACAUCUAAGACUUACCCUUUAGUAUUUAGAAGUAAAAAGGAGAAAUAUUUCAUUGAUCCUUUAACCGGUAAACAAGUACCAUUUCCUUCCUUAGACGAAAGUUCAUCGAUUCAUUUAAGUGUCAUUGUUCCUGCUUAUAAUGAGGAAGUCAGACUUCCUCCCAUGCUGGACGAAUGUAUAGAGUUUUUGGAAAAAAGGUGCAAAAACACCGACUUUCAAUACGAGAUCAUCGUAGUAAGCGAUGGUAGCAAAGACAAGACUGCAGAAGUAGCACAAAACUACGCGAAAAAACUGGGCUCAAACAAACUACGAGUGUUGGAUCUGGAAACUAAUAGAGGAAAAGGAGGAGCCGUGAGAUUAGGAAUGCAAAGUGCCAGGGGAUCUGUACUCCUGUUUGCCGAUGCCGAUGGUGCAACGAAAUUCUCAGAUUUGACCAAAGUAGAGGAAGGACUAGUUAAUCUAAUCAAUUGUGAUUAUCAAAAGCGGCCUUCUACAGCCGAACACGAACGUGCCAUUUCGAUCGGGUCCAGAGCGCAUUUGGAACAGGAAGCUUUAGCUACUAGAAGUAUCUUUAGGAACAUUCUAAUGCACGGAUUUCAUUUCUUAGUUUGGAUCUUCGCCGUGAAGAAAUUGAAAGACACUCAAUGCGGGUUCAAACUUCUAACCCGGGAUGCUGCCAGGAUAUGUUUCGAUAGUUUACAUGUCGAAAGAUGGGCCUUCGACGUGGAACUAUUGUACAUUGCGCAAACUUUGAACAUUCCAAUAUGCGAGAUAGCAGUGAAUUGGACGGAGAUCGACGGUUCAAAAGUCACCCCGGUGUGGAGUUGGAUUCAAAUGGGAGCCGAUUUGGGUCUCAUUUGGCUGAGAUAUACCAUUGGAGCGUGGAAAAUUAAACCGUCGAAGAAAGACUAACGUACCAAAUAUUGUGUAUUAUUGCGUAGGAAUAAAAAUUGUUUCGUAAUUUUA